GACUUUAGCGGGAAAUUUGAUUGUUUACAUUUUACACGAAUUUUAUUCUCUUUUUCUUCAAAAAAUGCAGCGAACAGCUCGAAUGAAAAGAGAAUUGAAGAUGUUAUCUGAAAAUCCACCUUUUGGAAUUUCUUGUUGGCCGAAAGAAGACAAAAUUGACUUGUUAGAAGCUCAAAUAGUUGGAGGAGAAGGAACACCGUAUGAGAAGGGAAUAUUUAAAUUAGAAAUACAGCUACCUGAAAGAUAUCCAUUUGAACCACCUAAAGUUCGAUUUAUUACACAAAUUUACCAUCCCAAUAUUGACAAUGGUGGUAGAAUCUGUUUAGAUACACUGAAGAUGCCACCUAAGGGUGCAUGGAAGCCAUGUUUGAAUAUAAGUACAGUUUUAACAUCAAUCCAUUUAUUGAUGGCGGAACCCAAUCCGGAAGAUCCACUCAUGACAGAUAUAUCGAAUGAGUAUAAAUAUAACAAAACUGUUUUUAUACAUCAUGCUCAACAAUCAACACAGAAGUACGCUAUACAGACUAAUGUUAAGAAUGAAAAUUAUGGCAUGGAGGAAGAGGAAAAUAAAAAUAAGAAAAGAAAAAGACUUGAAGAUAAAACAACAACAGAUGCUAAAAGAGUUAAACCUAUGGAAGAAGUUACUAAUAUUACAAACAGUUAAAGGUCCAGCUUUCACCUAGUGUGUUCAAUCAUUAAAGUGGAGCUUGACAUUCAAAUUGGUGCUAGACAAUCAAAUUGUUCCCUAACAAUCAAAUUGGUGCUUGACAAAGUGGUGCUUUACAAUCAAAUUGUUCCCUGACAAUCAAAUUGGUGCUUGACAAUCAAGUUGUUCCUCAUCAAUCAAAGUGGUGAUUUAUUUAUUGAUUGUGACACAUGGAUACUUGAAGCCAUUCCCUACAGAUCUAUUCAAGGGCUGUAACUCUGAAAAUGAUUAUUGGAAAUUGUUGAAAAUUAAUAUUCAUCUUGUGAACUAAAAACACUGAGUGUAACUUUAAUGUCAGUUGAAUAAUAACUUCUAGUGCAUCCAUAAGCAAUUGUGGACAACUAACAGAUUGAGGAGAUGACAGUAUAUGACCAUAUUUCAAUUGUGGACAACAAACGGAUGGGGAGAGAUGACAAUUUAAGACCACAUUUCAACAACAAAUAGACAGGGGUACCGAUGACAACAAUAUAAAACCGUAUUUCAAUAUGAACAUAUAAUAAAAAGAUAAAGUUUUUGAAAUGACUGAUUUAAUAGAUCAAUAAUUACAGAGAUAUAAUGUUAUAUAUAUUUUAUAUACAUGUUUUAAUAGGUUUAUUAUGAUUAAUACAUUGACUUCUUAUUCUACCCAGAAACUGAUCAGUCAGUUGUAGCCAGAAAUCGACAUCUUGCUUGACAUCAUUGACACUGAUUUGCAUCCGAUUGGUAUAUCUAUUGAGUGAUCAUAGAUAGGUCAAAAUAUAUAUCUUGAAUAUAUCUUUGUGGCUUUACCUGUUAACAGAAUUGGAGCUUCAUGUAUGGAAGCAAUGGAGGGACUUAAUUAUCAACUUAGAAAAGUGUUAAUUUAUUUACACAGAAUGGUUUCCAUAAUGAGAAACUACAAAGUUAGUUUGAUUAUAAAAUUUAUAAAGAUUAACAAGUGAAUGAAAUCUGGUCAAGAAAGCACUGGAAAUAAAAUAAUUUUAUGCUGUCUGUGAAUCAAUUCCAGAUAAGCUAUUAAAGAUGCAUUAUGUAAGAUUAAGAUAAUCAAAUUACUUUAUUCUGAAUUAAGUUAUGAGUGUUUGAAGUUUCAACAAGAUGUAGUGUAGAUUGUUUAUCGUGGUGUGAACUGUGCUUAACAUUAGUCUCAAUUAUCCAUUUUAUUGUCAAAUUUUUAAAUCUCCUGAGUGUUCAAUUCCAUUCAAAAUCACAGCCAUCAAAUGGUCUAAAGAGUUGAUUAUAGGUUUGUGAAUAAAUGCCUCAAUGAUAGUUUAUAUAACAUUUGAAGUCAAAAUUAAAACCUGCAAUUGGCUGAUUUAGCUGUAACAUAAUGCAUCUUUAAUGUUUUAGAAGUUAAGCCUAAACAAAGUAUAAAUGAAAGUAAUUUUGAAUAAAAAAAGUUGUACAAUUUUUUGCAAUUAACUUGGGUACAACAUAGAAAAUAAUUUUGUUGUAAAAGAGUUAAAAGAGAAAUUAUUCAAUGACAUUUAGUAACUUAACUGGAAAUAGACAGAACAACUUAACUACAUGGAAUACAAUUACUGUUUUAUUACAGAGCCAUGUGUCGAAUAGGAUUCUCUAGUUUUUAGCAAUUACAUGGAAUACAAUUACUGUUUAUUACGGAACCACAUGUCGACUAGGAUACCCUAGUCUUUAUCAGUUACAUGGAAUACAAUUACUGUUUAUUAUGGAGCCACAUGUCGACUCGGAUUCUCUAGUUUUUAGCAAUUACAUGGAAUACAAUUACUGUUUAUUACAGAGCCACAUAUCGACUAGGAUACCCUAGUCUUACAAUGUACAAAGCGCUGUCUUUAUUAAUAGCCAGGUUGGUGUGGAGAAGUAGGAAGUUAAAACCCAUUUCAUUUCUUUAUCAAGCAAUCAUACAAUUAAAAAACUAGCUAUGAGAGAAGUUUUUGCAUGGAUAGCGGCGCUACGGCCAAUUCUUAUAUCGAAUUCCAACUGUUAAGCAUUCUUUUACGUACAUGCCAAUGUGUACAGGCGACCUCAGUUUUCCAUCCCAUCCGAACGACUAGGCUGCUGUCCUUGUUAGGCCCUCCAUCCUAAGGGGAAACCAUGCCGGAAAAUCCUGAGGAACUUUCUCAGCCAACAGGGUGCGAACCUGAGACCUCAAGGCUAGCGAGCCAGUGUCUUACUCAAUGAGCCACCGUGGCUCCCUGCUUAAUAAAGACCUGCUGAAAUGUUGUUUAGUAAUAAACAGUAAAUGUCACUGAGCCACCGUGGCUCCCUACGUGAUUAAGGGUAGUUGAAAUGUUAAGUUAUAAACAGUAAAUGAAUUCCGUAGAAUUUUGAAUAGUGUAUUAAAAGACAGUAUGAAUCUACAGAACAUAAUGUUAAUGUACUGAUAAAAAAUAGAUAACUAAAUAGAUGUGGUAGUUGAUUUAUUGGUCUGCAGCCAUAGAAUGAAUUUACUAAUGAGUCUAAGACAGUCAACUGUGGGGUGGGUUACUGAUGAUAGUAAUGAAAAUUAAACCUCAAGCCACACCAGAACCAUAUGUAUUCUGGCGAGCUAUUCUCUCAAUUGUGAUUUAGUAACAAACCAUUUUGUCUGCGGUUGAUGAUCAACCAUAAAAAUUGAUAAUCAAGACUUUUUAUUAUCAUAACAAUGACAAUCGAGGCUACAGUGUUAUUGAACAGUAAUUCUAGGCUCAGAGUGAAGUAAUUUGACUGGAAUUUUCAGCAUAUUUUCCCUUUAUAUUAUCUAUUUUUUAACAAUUAAUAUUAUAGCGAGAACUGUCAGCUCUUUAUCUAAUCUUCCAUAAUGUCACUUUAAUAUAAAAAUAACAAAAAGUUCUUGGUUCCUUAUCUCAUUUUAAUUAGAUUGGAUGAUAAUAAACAAAAUGACAAAGAUAUUUGUUCUUGCAUAUUUAAAUAUUUUUAUGAAUUAAAGACAUGGGUAGAAAAAUAUUUAUAAUUCAAGACAAUGUGUGAAUAAUAUAUAUUAAUGAUUCUUAAUCAUAUAAUGGCAUUAGCACCUGGUACAUGUUUUGACUGCCUCAAAUGCCUGCAAAACUUAAAUGUGAUUUUUUCUACAUUGUUUUGUGAAAGCUACUGCUUCCUUGGCAUAAACCACCCUAAUCACAGAGAGAGACAGUAAUGAGGUUUAACGUCACUCGACACAAACUAGUCAUUUCAGGACUAACAUAUGGUUCAAUUUUAUUUCAAUAAUUUGCUUGCGUGAAGGAGUCUUUAACCCUGGGAAAAAACCCUUAUCACAGUACUAGCUGUAUAGUCCUUUAAAGGUGCAUUAUGUAAGCGCUAAAUCUGUCUAUUGCAGGUCAUUCAUUUGGUCUCAAAUGUUAUAUUCAGAUAACAACCCCAUAAUCAACUCGCUAGGGUUGUCGCAUAUUUAUCCUUUUGUAGGUAAUUGGGGGCAUGUACAAGACAAUUUCAUAUGAAUCAGUUGUAAAUUUUCAUUGUUUGAGAGUUCAAAAUCAAAAGGUCCAACAAAGUGAAACAAGGGACAUAACUCUAGAAGUAAUUAACGGAAAUGAUUGACAUUUAUAACUUCAAAAUAAAGAAAUUUGACAAAUUUUCAAUAUAUUCCGUUUUCAUUAUCUAUCUUUAAACAAUUAUAGCUAGAGGUGCCAGCUCUUUAUACAAGUCUUACAUGUUACUUUAUUAAUAGUUGACAACUAUUCACGUGGGGGUGACAGAGGAAGCAGUAACUUGGGGCGAUCCAGAUGCUAAAGGAUUAAAUUUAUAUGUUCAAUAUAUUUAUAUUAAAAGUAUGACCUAUGAAGAUAUAAAUCAAUAUUUAUAUUAAAGGGUACCAA